CCAGACGCGAAAAUGGCCAUCACUGCAACCGAGACCGCUGUCGAAAAUGUUGAGCUCACCGAUUUCGCUCAGGGGAGCAGUGAGGAGGGCCCCCGUGAGACGCAGCCAGAGGAAGGGCCAGAUGAGGGUCUGAGUAAGUUGGCUUACUUGAGGCUGGCUGCAGCAGGCGUGUCCUUCUUUGUGGCGGGAACAAACGAUGGUAGCAUUGGAGCCUUGAUACCCUAUGUCAUCCGCGAGUACAAUGUCAACACGGCAAUUGUGUCCAGCGUAUAUGGCGCCAAUUUCUUUGGCUGGCUCUUUGCAGCCUUUGCCAACACGCAUCUCUGCCAGUAUCUCAACCUCGGCGCGAUGCUUGCCCUCGGGGCGCUGUUCCAGAUCAUUGCCCAUGCUCUCAGAUCUUGGGACCCUCCGUUUGGGCUUUUCGUCGUGACGUUUUGGCUUGUGAGCAUUGGACAGGCUUUCCAAGACACGCACGCAAACUCAUAUGCCGCCGGCGUCAAAUCUUCUCACCGCUGGCUGGCAUUCAUCCACGCCAUGUAUGCGGCUGGCUGCUUGGUUGGGCCAUUCGUCUCCACCGCCGUCGCGUCAUCUGGUGAAGUUUCUAGGUGGUACUUAUAUUACACAUUUCCUUUAGGACUGGGAGUUUUCAACCUUGUCUUGACUUGCAUUGCGUUUCGAGACACCCUUGGAUUUGUGCGCAAGACUGUCACAAGCGACAACCACGAGAGCCCAGACGUUGAUCAAAGCACUGAAGCAACAUCGCGAAACACGAAUGCGACUCAACUUAUCAAACAGACUGUCAGCACGCCGAGCGUAUGGCUGCUAAGUCUCUUCUUCUUCUUCUACCUCGGCUCAGUUCUCACGGCCAGCGGCUGGGUUGUCGAGUACCUCGUCAAGGCAAGGGGUGGGGAGCUAUCCCAGGUAGGCUUCGUCCCUGCUGGAUUCAACGGCGGCACUCUGCUUGGACGGUUGCUGCUGGCAGAGCCGACGCAUAGAUAUGGUGAGCGUCGAGUGAUAUUCGGCUAUAUUGUUGCAGCGUUUGCCUUUCAACUAAUCUUCUGGUUGGUGCCAAACAUCAUUGCAGCUUCCAUCGCGGUCAGCUUCAUGGGCGUUUUUACUGGGCCGCUCUUCGCAAGCGGUAUGAGUCUCGCAACAAAGUUAUUUCCGCCAGCUAUUCGCGCAACCGCGCUGCCAUUCGUCUUCGUUUUUGCUCAGAUGGGAGGCUCUGCCUUCCCUAUCAUAACUGGAGUGGUAUCUGCCAAUGCCGGCGUCAAGGUGCUGCAGCCAAUCCUGGUUGCUCUACUUGCCACUACAGCCGUAACAUGGCUGUUGGUUCCAUCGCCAAAGGCAACGCCAAAUGCCGCCCUGCAUCAAGAGUGA